AUGGCUCCAUCCCUCCAGAUCACCUUGCCCAAUGGGAUUGAGUAUUCUCAGCCAACAGGACUUCUCAUCGAUAAUGAGUUCAUGGCAGCAUCCGGAGACGCGUUCACAGUCAUCAAUCCCACGCGCGAAGACAUCGCCACUUUCACAGGGGCAUCCGGUAACGAUGUCAAUGCUGCUGUUGCUGCGGCUCGGCGGGCAUUUGAAGGUCCAUGGUCGGAACUCCCGGCCGCUGAACGCGGAAACCUCCUCAUGAAACUUGCAGGUCUCAUCGAUCGGGAUCGUGAGCUUCUUGCGAGCAUUGAUGCGAUGGAUAAUGGCAAGACGUUCUCUGCAGCUCUCAACAUAGACAUCGGUGCCUCUCACAACGUCUUCAAAUAUUAUGCCGGCGCAGCAGACAAACUCAGUGGGAGCACGGUUGAAACGCAUCCUUCCAAGUUUGCGUAUGUACUGCGCGAGCCUCUUGGCGUCUGCGGACAGAUUAUCCCAUGGAAUUUCCCCUUCAUGAUGUUGGCCUGGAAGGUCGCCCCUGCUCUUGCUUGUGGCAACACAAUCGUCCUGAAGCCCGCUGAACAGACGCCUCUCUCUGCACUGUAUUUUGGUAAGCUCGUUGUUGAAGCCGGCUUCCCUCCUGGAGUGGUGAACAUCGUGCCUGGUCUCGGAAGUGUCACUGGAGAGGCUCUCGCAGAACAUAUGGAUGUUGAUAAGAUCGCCUUUACGGGAAGUACUAUCACCGGAAGAGCCAUAAUGCGCUCUGCCGCAUCUAAUCUGAAGAACAUCACCCUCGAGUGUGGUGGGAAGAACCCCAGUAUCGUGUUUGACGAUGCAGACCUCGAUAACGCGGUGAAAUGGUGCCACAUGGGCAUCAUGGAUAAUCAAGGACAGACCUGCAUCUCGACCUCGAGGAUUUAUGUCCAAGAAGAAGUCUACGAUCGCUUCAUUGAGAAAUUUACAGAGGUCACUCGAAAGAAACACUUCCUUGGGGACCCCUUUGAUGCAAACACCUGGCAGGGACCGCAGAUCUCCAAGACGCAGUAUGAGAAGGUGUUAUCGUACAUUGAAGAGGGAAAGAAGAGCGGCGCCCGCCUCGUCUACGGCGGCGCUACACAUGGACAGAAGGGGUAUUUUAUUGAACCCACCAUUUUUGCUGAUACGACUGAGGAUAUGAAAAUUGUUCAAGAAGAGAUUUUCGGCCCUGUUGUCGCCAUCUCCAAGUUCAAGACUUUCGAUGAGGUGCUGGCCAAGGCGAACAACAGCUGCUACGGACUUUCUGCAGCAGUCUUUACGGAAAACAUCACCAAGGGGCACAAAAUGGCGAGAAGACUACAAGCUGGCAUGGUCUUCUUGAAUUCUUCGGGCGAUACACACUACGGGGUUCCCUUUGGAGGGUAUAAAUCCUCCGGCAUUGGCCGGGAGCUCGGGCAGUACGCCCUCGAUGCAUACACACAGACGAAGGCUGUGCAUGUGAAUCUGGGAGAUUGA